UUCCUAGCAGGCUGAAGUUUUGGAGAAGGACGGAGGUGGAGGAGGAAAAAAAAAGUAGCAGAAAAGUCUGCAAGUUUAGAAAUGGCUUUUCGUAGACGAAACAAGAGCUACCCGUUCUUCAGCCAAGAGUUCCUCAUUCAGAACCACGCAGACAUCGUCUUCAGUCUGGUCAUUUUUAUUUUGAUAGGGCUGAUGUUUGAGGCCACGGCAAAAACGGCCAUUCUCUUCAUUCAGCCACAGUACAACGUCAGCACGCUGACCCCAGAUGGAGAGGUGACUCUGUAUCAUUAUGGAUGGAAAGACUGUGCCACUGUCCUGUUCUAUCUCUUCAUCACCAUCAUCCUCCAUGCUGUAGUCCAGGAGUACAUACUGGAUAAAAUAAACAGGCGUCUCCACCUGUCCAAGAGUAAAAACACCAAGUUUAACGAGUCUGGCCAGCUGUGUGUGUUCUACCUGGUCUCCAGCUUAUGGAGCUUCUACAUCCUCGCCACUGAAGGCUACAUUCUGCAUCCCAGCAACCUGUGGGAGAACUACCCCCACUCUCACCUGAGGUUCCAGGUGAAGUUUUUCUAUCUCACUCAGCUGGCUUAUUGGUUUCACGCUCUGCCUGAGCUCUACUUCCAGAAAGUGCGCAAGGAGGAGAUUCCUCGUCGGCUGCAGUAUAUUUCUUUGUACCUGUCUCAUAUCCUGGCGGCGUACCUGUUAAAUUUGACCCGUGUGGGGUUGGUGCUGCUGUUUCUGCAGUAUCUCUCUGAGAUGGGCUUUCAUCUCUCCAGACUUAUCUACUUUAUCGAUGAGACGCAUCAUAAAAUGUUCGAGCUGUGGUCAGUAGGGUUUGUGCUUACCCGUAUGGUGACUCUGACGCUGAUGUUCUUGGCUGUGGGCUUCGGUUUGGCACGGUCAGAAAAUCAAACCCUCGACUGGGAGGCAGGCAACUUCAACACGCUCUCCAUCAGGUUGCUGGUGUUGUUCUUGGUGUGUUCCACCCAGUCGUGGCUGCUGUGGAAGUUCUUCCGUUUCCAGUUGAGGCGAACACGGGAGUACAGACUGGAACAGGCCAGGAAGAGAGCAGCUGCCAAGCAGCAAACUCCCCGCGCACUGAAAAGAGACUCAGUCGGUCACCAUGAGAACGGAGUUCUUAAGGCGGAGAACGGAACGUCACCCAGACUGAAGAAGCUUAAAGCCCCUUAACCCCACCUCCUCCUUUGGGCUGGCCGUGCAGCACAGGACAGGAACCGUGAACUGCUUCUUGCUCGGAUCUUCAGAGACUGAGGGUGGUUCGACAUUCCACGCGGGAUGUGACGUCGCGUUGAUAUAUUUGCACCCUCGAAAGACCAUCGGCUUUUCUUCUCAUUCUUUUUCUGUUUCAUUAUCAGUAUUUUUUACAUUCCUUACAUUUUUUUUUUUCCUAUUUGUUUUGCUUUCUCAGUUUUUCUCACCCAUCAGCAGCUUUUGAAGCCAUUUUUGCCUUUGAUGUUUUCUGAGUCAGUACUGUAUUACUGGCCUGCCCUGGGGAGGUGCUAAAAGGACCUAAAGUGGCCCAGGAAGGACCCCCAGUGAGCAGGUCAACCCCAAAGUGUGAAUAUUAAAGCGAUAGCUUGGUGAUUAAUAUCAAAUCAUUGUAAUUUUCUCCUUUAUCCCAAAUUUAGUUGGUCAGCACCGCGUUUAUUGGUGGUGUUAUAAGCUUCUUUGCUUGGUAGCUACGUGUAGUAGUGGUUGACAUUUGUCCUCAGAUGUGAGCUUUGCGAGAGCUGUUAUGCCACAAAGAAUCGCAGAUAAUGCAACGUGCAAACAAUGCAAACCUAACAUUAGCACGUUUAGCUGACUGUCAGAGAUGUUUCAAUCACAUUUCAGAUGAAAAUUUAAGACCCUCGAAAUCAGUUGCAUCUGAACUAAGCCGUUUUGUUUUCAAGGCCGUGGACAUAAAGGAAUAGCCAGUCUUUUAGGGUUAGCCUAACAUGGGCGAGGAGCCACCUGACUGGGUCAGACAGUGUUGUGGUCUUCCUACCUUGUCAAGCCGUGGACAAGCUGGGGUCACUUGCUGUAUUUUCCGAUUUUCCAGCAGUGGAACUGUCGGAGGAGUGAGUGGGACGCACAUGUGAGACAAAUGACUUGCGAGGCUGAAGUUGGCGUCUUAUUCGAAUUUGCUGUUCCGCCUUAAAUGGUGCAGCAGUUGCAUUCAAUCACCUGUACCGAUGCCAGAAUGUAACUGCUGCUCCUUUUAAGGUGGAACAGAAUACUCAAAAGCAAAGCUACCAGACUUCAGCUUUGUAGUUCACGCGUUACUUAACAUUUAGCACUAUUUUUGCCAGAAAGCGGUACUGACAGGUUUUUUUAAAAAAUAUAUUUAAAAAAAAACAGAUUUACUUUAAUUCUUUAAAAAUGGUCUUUUUUUAAAUGAUGGGACAUCCCAGUAACAAAAAAGCCACUGUUAAUCUACAAAAAUGGGUUUGAGCAUCUAAAGGGGGUUUAUUUAAUAAAAAAUGAGCUUCGUAGCUCCAGUGCAAAGUAAAGAAUCAGACUUCAGACUCUGAGCAAGUCUUGGCUGAUCAACUACAUUUAGGGUAAUGGAGAAAAAGGUGUAAAUUUGAUUCUUUUUGCUAAACUAUCGCUUUCAAACUAAAGGGCUGAUUGUCGAGAGCUGGGUCUCGUAGACACCUAUGUGUGCCUUUAACUGAGCAACAGGAACUGAAAAUAAAAGGGAUACAAGACCAGA